AUGCAGUGCUCGUCGCGAUCUCCGCCACCGCUGCCUGCUGACAGUGUGUAUACUAGCUGUUACUGCGAAGAGAAUGUCUAUCUGCUCGCCCAAGCGCUGUCAUCGCAAGCGGCAACGGAUGAGAACGGGCCAUGGGAUCUCUUCGUGGUGUUUAUCUCGAACAACGGAAAGACGGUAGCGCUGUGGAACCAGAAAGCGCAUAAAGACUUUAUCAUUUGGGACUAUCAUGUCAUUCUGGCUCUGCGUCCUACCACUGCCUCCCGGCGGAUUGGUACCUCCGAGGACACUAUCACGGAUGCAAGUGAAGCCUGGGUCUACGACUUCGAUACGCGUCUUCCUGUUCCCUGUAGAUGGCAAGGUACGCUCCGAACAUACUCCUUGAAUGACUGGUUCCUGAUAUCGUUCCUUUUCCUAACUCUCUUCCGAGUAAUCCAUGCAGCUGCAUAUCUGGACCAUUUCGCCUCUGAUCGCUCUCAUAUGGUUAGCAUACGCGAUCCAUCCGACCCUGUUUCGCCCUAUUCGCCCUACCGGGCGCCGCCGCCGACUUCUUCCGUGCUCUGUGGCCCGAAGGCGAAGGAACUCGGAAUCAACAAUAACCUGAUGGAUUCGUACGUCUCCAUGACUCUGCCGUCUCGUGGACAUGCAACGCCAGAACGAGCAGAUGGGAUACGUGGAGCUGGUGCAGAGCUGACGUAUGGCCAGGUGAUGGAUGUCGCGGGCUUUGUGCGGUGGAUAUCUGGGGAGAAGGCGUGA